AUGGGAAAAGUUUUGCUCGUACUGUACGAUGGUGGUGUGCACGCCCAGCAGGAGCCCCGUCUUCUCGGAACCACAGAGAACGAGCUUGGUCUCCGCAAGUGGAUUGAGGACCAAGGCCACGAGCUGGUCACCACAUCGGACAAGGAGGGUGAGGGCUCAGAGUUCGACAAGCACCUUGUUGAUGCAGAGGUCAUCAUUACAACACCUUUCCACCCUGGUUACCUGACGGCAGAGCGUCUUGCCAAGGCAAAGAAGCUUAAGCUUGCUGUUACUGCUGGUAUCGGAUCCGACCACGUCGACCUCAAUGCCGCCAACACCACCAACGGCGGUAUCACCGUCGCCGAGGUCACUGGCUCUAAUGUCGUCUCCGUCGCUGAGCACGUCGUCAUGACCAUGCUCGUCCUUGUCCGCAACUUUGUCCCUUCCCACGAGCAAAUCGCAAGGGGCGACUGGAAUGUCGCAGAGUGUGCCAAGAACGAGUACGACCUCGAGGGCAAGGUUGUCGGUACCGUUGCCGUCGGCCGUAUCGGUGAGCGUGUGCUCCGCCGUCUCAGGGCCUUUGACUGCAAGGAGCUUCUCUACUACGACUACCAGCCUCUUAGCGCCGAAACGGAGAAGGAGAUUGGCUGCCGCCGGGUCGAGAACCUCGAGGAGAUGCUCGCACAGUGUGAUGUUGUCACCAUCAACUGCCCGCUGCACGAGAAGACCCGCGGCAUGUUCAACAAGGAGCUCAUCUCCAAGAUGAAGAAGGGCUCAUGGCUCGUCAACACGGCCCGUGGCGCCAUUGUCGUCAAGGAGGAUGUUGCCGAGGCGCUCAAGAGCGGUCACCUCCGCGGAUACGGUGGUGAUGUCUGGUUCCCCCAGCCCGCUCCCAAGGACCACCCACUCCGCUACGCACAGAACCCAUGGGGCGGCGGCAACGCCAUGGUUCCCCACAUGUCCGGCAGCUCCAUCGAUGCUCAGAAGCGUUACGCCGACGGCACCAAGGCUAUUCUCGACGAGUACUUCUCUGGCCGCGAAAAUUACAGGCCCCAGGACCUCAUCGUAUACAAAGGUGAUUACGCGACAAAAUCAUACGGGCAGAGAAAGUAA